AUGGAGACGAAAUUCUUUGAUGGAUCGAUUGAUCGUGUGAUGCCCGAGGCCGAGGCGAGCAAGGCCGAACCUGCGGUUGACGGUGAACGUCUGCUGCUGACCGAGUCGACUGAUUCUCCAAAAGUGAGAGAAGUCGAGCUAAAAGAUACCACACUCGAGGUCCUCAAACGUCUUUUAGACUACAUCUAUUCAUCGAAAUUAUCACUAGUGCACAUGAAGGAAGAGCUGGUGAUCGAGGUGCUCGGAUUGGCGAACAAAUACGGCUUCGUUGGACUUCUGUUGAAGUUGAUCGUUGACCAUUUGAAGUCAAUCAUUCACAACUCGAAUCUCUGCAAUAUUUUCAACAUUUCCCUGCAAUGUGUGCUCACCUCGUUGACCGAUUUCUGUUUAGAGUAUGCGGAUCGGAAUGCCGAAUUGGUGCUGAGAAGUGAGGUUUGUCGGAAGCACAAACUGGCGCUAAGUUUGGUUUUCGGCAACUUCUUCGAGAAUGCCCCGCAAAAGCAGUUGAUCUCUCGGGACUCGUUUUGCGCAAAAGAGAUCGAUAUUUUCCAUCUGGUCGGCGAAUGGAUCAAGGCUAAUUCAUUGGAAAAUGGUCAAAAGCUGCUCAACGAGGUCCGAUUGCCGUUGAUCUCUUUGCGAGACCUUUUGGGAUCGAUCCGUCCAACAAAGCUACUCUCACCGGAUGCUAUUCUCGACGCGAUUCAAGAACAACAGCAGACAAAAUCGGCUCAUUUGAUGCACAGAGCUGUGAUUGUACCAAAUGUGAACAUUGUCACCACCUCACGAGGAGCUCAAGUGAUCACCGGCGAGUUCAAACACGCCGAUGUCAUGCAAUAUAAGGGUGAACGAGGGCACACGCAACACUUGAUCACUCAAGAACCCGCCGACAAAGAGCCGGGAAUCGUCAUUGAGCUCGGCAAACUAUACAUGAUCAACAAAAUCGUGAUGUCGUUGUACGAGAGGAACGCAAACUGCUGGUACUCGUAUUUCAUCGAGCUCUCAAUGGACAACAAGAACUGGCUACGAGUUGUUGACUACCGCGAGUUUCUCUUACCCGAUGACAAUGUGGCCACGAUAAAAGAUGAUGCAUUGGUGAUCGAUGGAGUGUCGAAGAGUCGGAACGCGUUGAUCAAUGGCGAUACGCUGGGAUAUGACUGGAAUAAAGGUUACACUUGUCUUGCAAUCGGUUGCGGUUCAAUCGUCAUUCAACUCCCACAACCGUAUAUCAUCUCCACGAUGCGUUUAUUGUUAUGGGAUUGUGACUCACGAUCAUAUUCUUAUCAUAUUGAUGUCUCAGCGAAUAAGAAAGAUUGGAAGACUGUUGUGGAUAAAACGGGCGAGGCUUGCCAAUCAUGGCAACACCUGAAAUUCGAGCCAGUCCCCGUCGUUUUUGUUCGGAUCGUUGGCACGCACAACACGGUGAAUGAGGUAUUUCACUGUGUUCAUUUCGAAUGCCCGUCGAGUCCAUUGCCUGCGUUGAUCGACGAGGAACAAGAUGCUGCA